CAAUUAUUUUUUAAUUUACUCCUUUUUGAGUAGCUCCACUUUAGCAGAAUGAGUUAAUCCUACUCAAAUUUGGGGAGUUUUGCAAUAGCGUGUUUGUCAUUUGCGCGUUUGUAAUGUCAAAAAAUUCCGCCAAAAGGAUUGUCUUUUUAUUUACAAUCUGCUUUUUGGUGCUGUUUCAGUUGCUCGUUAAAAAUUUUUGUUUGUAAAAGUGAUUGAAAUGAGGCAAUAAAUUGGUGUUGUUUGUCGUUGGAAAACUAGGUAGAGGAAAACAGCGUUUUAUUUGAUCGAUGUUAGGUAAAAGAUGCCAUUCCGGUCAGCUGAAGGGAUGGAAACUCCGCGGAGUGAAAAUCGGGCAUUGACUCGGUCGAGGUAUGUGCCAACUCCGAAAAUGUCCGAUCGAAAGAAAUCGUUGUUUGUGACGGAAUCCCGUGAUUUGGGUCGGAAUCCAGAAGAGGACUCGGAUCUGGGACCGAUGAGUCCGCUCAAGUUCAGCAACAGUCCGAAGAGGGGUCCGAUGAAAGUGCUAAACAUCACUUCAUUCCGGAACAUCUUGGGGAACGAUUCACCGGACAGCGAUCGAUCGCUAUCCCCAGAUUUCGAACGUCGUUUCUCACACUCGGAUCGAUACGAAAUCAUCCCGGCUACUUACGACAAGGAGAAUCAAAUUAUGGAUGAAGAAACCCGUCUGUCUUUUCCUAAUGGCACGCCAAUUAUGCAAGCUCAAGCGGAAUCUGCUCUACUGGAUGAAACCAACUCGAAUAGCUUGUCCAUGCUGAUGAGUUCGGAUCUAAAUAUCGUAGACAAGAAGAACCCCAUUCUAAAGACGCCUGGCCUAAGCGAUGCAGCUGGUCAAAAGAAAGAGCCAAGAACUUCCUUUAGGAAGAUGAGUUUUCUGGAGAAUACUUCCACUCCCACUGAUGGCCGUAAGGCUAAUUCUUCUUUAGAAUUAUCCAGCGAGAGUCGAGCUAGAACUUCGCUUUCCUUCAACGACAUUCGGCCAAUCUCCACCAAGUCGUUCUAUUCUUCAAAUGCAAGCCCAGACGCUAUUCAGAAGCCAGUUACGAAACCCAUUCAAACAUAUUCGUCGAUUUCGUACGGCAGAUUACCCCAAAGGCGAGCGACGAGCAACCCUCGAAAGCGUCAACCCGCCAAGAAGCGUAACAAUUCAAUCCGACUAGGAAACUUUAACCGUGGCGUUUUUCACAAAAUCAAAAAGCCUACCGUCAAAACGACCAAGGCAACGGUCAAAAAGCUCUCCACCAGUCAAAUCCUAGAAUCGACUGCUUCUCUGUUGGCGAAGCAACCUCCACCACCAGCCAAGAAACCAGUUCAGAGUAAAUCUGCACCCAGUAGUCCGCAGAAACUUGAACCGAUGAAGCAGCAUAUUGAGCGUAUCAAGAAGAUCCUGACAAGGAGUCGGAAUCCGAUCGAACUGGCAAGACCGCUGUCGUUGUCCAAGUCGCUGGUGGACCUGGCGAAUGGCACGCGGUACGAAGAUGACCGAGAAUCGGAAGAGUCUGCCAGCGAGGAAGAGCCGGGUGGCAGUUUCGAGGAGGCAAACGACAGCCAUGACGACGAAGCCAAGCCGGAAGUUGGAGGGAGAAAGUUCUUCAAGUCCAGCUCCAGCCGGCGGAUCAAGCGGGAGUACAAGGUGGUCAACAAUGUGUUGGCCACGGUGCGCAAGGGCGGCCAAAUUUCGUUAAAACCGACCAAACAGAAGAAGCGGAAGUACCGGUCGUUGUUUGAGGAGGAAUUCGACUUUGCCUCCGAGCAGCUGGAAGUGGACGACAUCAUCAACAAACUGACCGGUUCCCAGGUGGAAUUGGAUCCUGUUUGUACCGGUCAAUCCGCUCCCUGCGGGACCUCCGUCACCGAACCGCCUCUCCCCGAUAAACCCGAAGCAACUGUACAAAUCGAAAUCAUCGACGCAUUGCAAAGCGAAAUCAGCAACGACGAACCAAUUGCAGUGCAGCCCAACGUUAUCUACGUGGAUCGAUUGUCACCGCUGCUGAACGGAGCCAGCUCUACUUCCGAAGAUAGUUGCAGCAGUUCCCGUGAAAUCCCAUUUCACGAGGAUAAUUGCAUGCAAACAGAAUACCAGGAAUCUCCCACGACGCAGAUCCGGACCAUGACCUCGUCGCUGACCAUAACGAAAAGCUUCAAUAUUUCAGAUCAGUUAAGGGAAGAAUCACAGUCGAACCACAGGCUGUUUCCAAUCUUCUGCAAAGAUCACCAGAGAACGCUUCAAGCGCAAUUCCACGCUACCCAGGAUGCUUACUGCAACACUCUAUUCGAUGUAAUUCGGAGGAAACCGAAGCGACUGCGAACGGCCAGGGGCGUCGGCUCCAAUCAGUACCAGAUCGAUGCCGGUCAGAAGGAGUACGGUGCCCAACAGUGCCCGGAAUGUGGUUUGGUCUACAGUGUUCACGAACCGGAGGAAGAGUUGAUUCAUGAAAACUAUCACAGUUCUUUGCAUGUUCUUAGAUUCGCAGGUUGGAGCAGCGAAGUAGUGGCAGGCCACAUCCCGGAAUGGGACAUCACCGGAAGGGUGUUGGUCAUUGGAAUGACUGCCGGAAAGCACAAGCUGCAAAAGGUGCAGGAAGUGUUGGCAGUUGUAGAUCGAGAGCUUGGCUUCGUGGAACCCUGCCGGUUGGUCAUGGGUUCGGUUGUCUAUUUGGCCGUUGCACGCGGUACGAUUCUCGGAAUUUGUGUUGUACAACCGCUGCAGAACGCCAACCGACUGCUGACGAUCGAAGGGACUGAAGGGUCGAUCGAUUGCUGUACGAUGGAGACCUAUCCAGCGAAAUGCGGAAUCUCUCGGGUAUGGGUUUCGCCUGGCUUCCGUGGCCACGGAAUUGCCCGGACCCUGCUCACCGUCAUGAAGUCGCACUUUAUUUUCGGCUAUCAAAUGAGCUACGACGAGGUUGCCUUUAGCGCUCCGACGGAAGCGGGCAAACGGUUGGCCGAAGCCGUCACCGGGCGAAAGGACUUCCUCAUCUACAUGUGAAGUCCCCUCACCCCAUGGAGCACCCUCUAUUCUAAACGUACCUAUCUGUGUUACUCUAUGUUUCUAUCUGUUAUUGCGUAGGUAGUUAAAACUAUAUUUUUCCUUCAACCAUGACAAUUACUCGAAUUUCAAGCUGUAUUUCUUUAUAUCUAUAAUUUAACACGUUCUUUUCGGAGCCAUUUUUCUAACUUGCAGGAGGCCAUACAUUGAUGAACAAAUGUACAAAACUAAUAAAUUUGAUCGUUAUUUUUACACCCGA